GCGGUAGCCUGUGUAUGGAAACGAUGAUGAUGCGUGCUUGAGUGUUUUGCAAACGCAGCUCGACGUGCAGUCGAUCACUUCUGGUUACUACUGGUUGUCCUCUCAUCUAGUCUGAUUCAAUGACUCGGUUGUUUGGUUAUUUGGUUAUUUUGUAGACUGACUGUUGGUUAUGAUGCUGGCGUCAUGACGGAUGAUAAGAAAGCGGUCUGCAGCAGCAGCAGCACGUCGGGACUGAAGCAUCAGCACAGAAUCGUGCAAUAAUGACCAGACAUGAUCCGCUGUAGUGCUGGAGAGGAGGAUGACAGAGAGAGGAAACCAUGGAGAAAUAUCUUCCCAAAUAUGUCCCAUUCUUCACCCUGCUGGCUCUGUCAGGACUCUUAUUCCUGCUCUGGAAUAUCACCUCAUUGGAAAGCUGGAACUGUCAGACAGUAUCUACCUUCUAUCAGCUUCAGAACAGCAUCCAGUCAGUCUUAAAGACCUCAGAAUUUUUUCUACCGGUGGAGUUUAACUACUCCUUCUGUGCCCACCUCGGCCAGGAGCCCACUGCAGAGGAAGCCAGGGAAGAGAGCUAUCUUCUCAAAUCCAUCGCCUGGCCAGAGCCGUUGGUCCUGGGACUGCCGUUACGUCAAAGUAGCGAUCCUGCACAGAGCUAUUAUACGAUCCAAGACCCUGGAGAUCUCCAGGUGGGUGGGCAACUGGUAGUGAAGGUGCAGAUGCACAACUUUUUGGGUCAGCCCAAAAAACAUGGAGGAGACUUUCUAGUUGCGCGACUUCACACACCAGAACUGGCAGCAGGUGUGGCUGGCCAGGUACAUGACCACAACAAUGGAAACUACGCAGUAUUUUUCCCGCUGCUUUGGGCAGGUGUUGCCCAGGUGGAACUGACAAUGAUUCACCCUAGUGAAGCUGUGAUGGUCCUCAAGCGAUUGAGAGAGGAACAAUCAGACCGAGUGUUCUUCAAGAGCCUCUUCCGUUCAGGGUACCUCUCUGAGACCACUCUGUGUAAUUUGUGUUUGCCGAACAAACAGCAGCCGCUUUGCAACUACACAGACCCCCAGACCGGAGAACCCUGGUUCUGUUAUAAGCCCAAGAUGUUGGACUGUGAUACACGGAUUAACCACUCAAAAGGGGGGUAUAAGAAACACCUUCUCACUGUUUAUGAGUCAUAUUUCUUCCAAAGUGGAGUAAAUAUCAAAAUUCCAAUACACUCUGCAGGGGUGGACAAUGUGACUGUUCAACCUGCUAAAGUACAAACCAAAGGAAUGCACCUUGAAUUCACUCCUUCCGGGUACUACUACCAGGGAUCAUGGAGGCCUUUGAGUGGUGUCGUCAUGCGGCAGUUUAAUGGCUCUUCAGUCAUAACACAGUGUCUUCGAGGGAAAAUGGUGUAUAUGUAUGGAGACUCCACUGUGCGACAGUGGUACGAGUAUCUCAUUGCCCAUGUUCCAGAGUUUAAGGAAUUCAACUUUCAUAGCCCGAAGAAUGUUGGCCCGUACAUGGCAGUUGACAGCAAUCACAACAUAUUAUUGAGAUACCGCUGCCACGGGCCACCAAUCCGCUUCACGUCCGUGUCCUCAGCUGAGAUGCACUACAUCUCAAAUGAGCUGGAUGGCUUACGAGGGGGCUCGGACACGGUGGUCGUGAUUAGCAUCUGGUCGCAUUUCAGUACUUUCCCAGUGCAAGUGUACAUACGGCGCCUGCGCCACAUCCGCAGGGCGGUGAUCCGACUUCUGAACCGAGAACCGGCGACUUUAGUGCUGAUCCGCACAGCCAACCUCCAGAAACUGGACCCCGAGUCCAGCUUGUUCAACAGCGACUGGUUCUCCCAACAGCUUGACGCAGUGCUCCGAGCCAUGUUUAAAGGUCUGAACGUCCAGCUGGUGGACGCCUGGGAGAUGACGCUCGCCCACCAUCACCCUCAUCAGCUACACCCUCCACCUGACAUUAUAUCAAACAUGGUUAACUUCAUCCUAUCACUCAUCUGUCCAGUGAGGAGAAAGAGAAGGCGGGGCUAAACUUCUCAAGCAGUAUCUUAAGGAACUGGUGAGACCUAAUGCUAAUCUUCUUUGGGACCAGCUCUUUUGCUGUCUAUUCACCUAUUAUUUGCUAUCUAUUUGGCUUGCAAAAGUUUAAAAUGAUUUUGAUGGCAAUAUUAAAAUGCAAAAGCACCAUAACAGUUAAUGUAGCUCUUUAUACUUUAAUGGCAAUAUCCUGAGGUAUGCAGAAUCUUUUUUUUUUUUUUUCUCCCUAGAACAAGUUUAAAAUUUAUCUAAAGAGAAUAGAUAAUUCCCCCAUAACACAUUUAUAAUAAUGGAGCACUUAUCAUUAUUGGUUUUACAUUGGACUCUGGCAGACCUCUUAAUCUUGAAUGAAAUUCAGAUUUCAGUAAUGCGCUUUUUUCCCAAGUCCAGUGGCAACAAAUGGAUGAGGUUCUGUUAAUUAUUUAUAAAAUUAUUCUCAAAUCAUUUCAGCAUAUUUACGUAGUCAACAGGUGAAAACUAAUCAAACGUAUUUGCUUGUACUCCAGUCAGGGAUUUGAGUAGGGAUAGUUCAUUAAAAAAUUUAAAUCCAGUCAUCAAUUACUCACCCUCACUUUGUUCCAAACCUGUAUGACUUUCUUUAAUCUGCAAAAAAAUUUUUUAAAUAAUCUUCUUGUGUGUUCCACAGACAGAAAGUCAUAUUGGGUUGGAAUGACAUGAGGGGGAGUAAAUGAUGAGAGGAUUUUCAUUUUUGGAUAAACUAUUCCUUUAGGGAAAAAAUGAAGCCAUCAACCUCAAGGCUGCAACUGUAUAAAAAAGGAAAGAAAAUGGAGAAUUACAGAAGAAUAAUAACUGUUACAGAAUAUAUAUGAGAGUAUAAUGAACUAUGAGUGCAAGCACAACUGUUACUGUGCCUUGGUAAACAGAGAUUGUUUUAGCUAGUUAUUAUCUGUGUCUGUUCAGCUGAUACGUAGGCCAAGUCUGGUCACGUGACAAAAGUAUAAAGAGCACGCAGGUUGCAGUCUUUGGUAUAUAAGGGGCACCAGUGUCAUCCAGAGAUAUGAAUAAUACUUAGUCACUUAUUUAAAUAUACAUUUGACUCUUUUGUUACAGUAUGAUUAUUAAUGUUAGUGUUCAUUUUAUCUGUUAUGCCCUUGAUUAGCUUGAAUAUAACUUCUCCAAUUCUGCAUUUACCUCUGAAAGAUCUGAAAAUGUAUACAUUAGUUAUACCAUAUGUUCUGUCUGUUCUAUUUUAUGUAUCUAAAAGCAACGUAAAAGACAUUUACACUCAAAAGAUUUUUUGGAAGAGUUGUUUACGAUCAGUUCAUGUGCCUUAUUUAACACUACCUGUUUUUAAAUUAAUUUGUUCUAUUCCAUUUUUAUGUGGUUUACAGCUAUGAAAUUGGGUCUCUGUACUACAGUUUCUACUGCAUUUAAAAAAAAAAUAUUUAAAUUUUUUUCAAUGGCAAAGGAAGUUCUUAUAAUUCUUCAUCCGUUCAGUGUUUAUGAAUCACCAAAAUAAAUUCAUUCUAAAGCAUC